AUGGACAACAAGAAAGCUACAACAAAAAAGAAGUUUGGAUACGACAACUUUAAGAAAGAGUUUCUUAAAAAAAAUGAAGGAAGAUUCAGUGGUCUUAUAGAAGCUAAUGACUCAAUGAGAGAAAGUUGGCGAAAAUUAUCAAAUGCUGAACAAGAAAGAUAUAGAAACAUGGCUUCGUUAGAUGGACGAGGCAAGGAAUCAGCAUCUUGUUCCACGGCAAUGGUUUCAUUUAAUACGCGUUGCUCUCCUGGCCAGUUCAAGGAAGUUGUGGAAUACAUAUCCAAACAUAAAAGGUUAUGUACUAAGGUCAAGAAAAUGGGGUUCCAAUCUCUCUUGGAUUUUAAAUUUAAUAAACUACCCAGAGAGUUAUGUGAACAAGUAAUUGCUGCUUUUGACACACCAACCUCAACACUUGGAAUUGGAGGGAAGAAAUUAAGUGUUGAUGGAAAGGAUGUGCACACUAUCUUAGGUGUGCCUUAUGGUGGGAAAGUUAUUUUUUUAGAUGAUGACAGCAAAGCAUGUCAAGCAUUAAAGAAGAAUUAUCUUGGCAAACCCUUCACUGAGUUGAAGAGUCUGGUAAUAUCCGGCAAGGCUGAAAAAAAUUUUGAAACGGUUUUUUUGUUAUUCACUUUAGGAACAUUUCUUUGUCCCACAACAAGUACAACUGUUUGUAUGAGGAGUAUUAAAAGUUUGAGUGGGAAGAAAAAUGUUCAAGAAUAUGAUUGGUCAUCUUUUGUGUUGUCGGAGCUUAUUAGAGAAAUUUCGACUUAUAAGACAGCAUUAAGGAGUGGACGAAAGAAGAAGAAUGUAGGAGGAUGCUUAUUUUUCUUACUGAUAUUUUACAUGCACCACUUUCCAUUAGGCCCAACACCGUCAAUAGAUAGUGGAACGCCUGUGAUGCAUUUGUGGAACCAACACAUGGUGCAGAAACGGGUUAAGCUGGAAAAAGAAAGCAUCCAUGGUAUUCUUUACGGUGGUCAGGCUAAUGAAGUGUCUGAAGUUUUACCUCCACUUGCAACGAUAACUCACCCGGAUGUGAGGGAGAUAUAUGAAGACUUUUUGCAAUAUGAUAAUACAUUUGCAAGUAAAGUGCUGAAGUUGCAACAAAGUCUUAACCAGCUUCAAAUAUCUGAUAGUAAAGCUAUCAUGCGGGUUGGCGAACCAAGCGAAGAAGAAGUAGAGGAAGAGGACUAUGGAGAUAAAAAUGAAGCUGAAGAUAAUGAAGAUGGAGACAAGGGCGAAGACGAAGCUAAAGAUGCACAUGAAGCUGGGGAUGAAGAUGGGGAUGAGGAUGAGGAUGACGAUGGACAUGAAACUGCAGCUAGAGCUGGAUCUAAAGAAGAUGAAGAUGAAGGCUCCAAUAGUAAGGAAGAAAGUGAUGAAAGACAAGAUGGUAAGAAGAGGAGGAGAAUAGAUGAAAGGCUAAUGGUCAUGAGCAUGGUCGCAAAAGUGAUGGUUGGUGAGCAACUUCAUGAAGGGAAGGUAUGGAGGUACAUAUUUGAUUCAGAAUUUAUGGCCACCCUAAGGGAUAAAAAGUUAAGAUGGUCUGUCUUUGAGGAUGCAAAGAUGCUCAUGCCCGAUCAACUUGGAUAUAACCUUGGAAAUUGUGAUUACCUCUUCUUGCCCAUGCUUGUGUUCAAUCACUGGUUUUGUUAUUGUGCUGAUUUGAAAAAUGACAAAUUUUUCAUCCUUGAUUCAUUGGCUGGGAAGUUAUUUAAAGAGAAGAAGAUGAUGGCCGGAUUUAUGAGAACUAGCAUAAUUGAGUUGUUACAAGCAUGUGACCCGGAGAAAUAUGGAGAGGAUUUUCAGAUGGAGAUGAUAUUUGAAGAACUUCCCAAACAAAGUAAUGUAGAUGAUUGUAGGGUAUAUGUCAUAAAGUACUGUACAAAAUGGGAUGGUAGAAGAAGAAAAGGAGGACUGACCAUGGAGGACUUUUCAAACGAACAACUGAGACAGUUUAGGGUGGAUGUGGUGUGGUGGCUGGUAAAUCACACGAGAAAUGAAGUAAGAAACGAAGUAUUUGCCUCUGUCUCAGCAGCUAAUCGACCAAAGAGGGCAGGAAAGGAGUGUAGAUUAAUUUUUAGGCUGUGA